AUGUACCGGACACGAUUGCUUGGCAAAACACCUUCACAGAUUGGGAGUCUACUCUCAACCCACAUGCCCUCUAUGUUGCCUACAGGUGGAAAUGGAGAAGACCCACCGGAUUAUGUGUCCAUCCCUAAAGGCAACGACGUUUCACCUUCCACACCAACAGGCCAAGAAUCGAAGAUAUUGCUGAGUUUGGAUUACGUACUGGACACGAUUGCUUGGCAAAACUCCUUCACAGAUUGGGAGAUCAAAACACCUUCACAGAUUGAGAGAGGAAAUGGAGAAGUCCCACCUGUCUAUGUGACCUACAGGAGGAAACGGAGAAGACCCACCAUAUGUAACCUACAUGAGGAAAUGGAGAAGACCCAUCUGAUCUGUAACCUACAGGAGGAAAUGGAGAAGACCCACCUGAUGUGA